CCUUGGCUUGUCAUUCUGCAAUGUCUGUGAUCACGCCAUUACCGACUCGUGGGCGCAAUCAUUUCGUCCAAUGUUGUGCCUCUACUCACACUCGUACUCGUACCGCACCCACACCCGGACCUAUCUCGUGGUUGCUGAUUGAUGACCUUUGAUCGCGCGCAGUCCGUAUCACCAAGCCUGAAACGGCGGCCAAGCGGGCGUCUGAGCUCCUCGCUGUGGGCGAGAAUGCAGAGGCGCUCAACUCGCUUCACGAGUUCCUCAACAAGUCGCGGCGCGACGAGUUCACGCCUGCGCAUGAGGAGACGAUGAUGCUGUUCAUCAAGCUGUGCGUGGAGCAGCGGCGCGCUGCCGAGAUGAAGGAUGGCCUGCACCAGUACAAGACGCUGACGCAGUACGUCAAGCUUGCGUCGCUCGACCGUGUGAUGAAGUACCUGCUGUCGUACACGGAGGAGAAGGUGGUGGAGGCGCAGGCGAAGCUCGCCGAGGCGCUGACGUCGGACUCGGGCGAGUUCCUCCCGGAGGACCCGCUCGAGAAGCAGCUUGUGAUUUCGUCGGGCGACUCGCUGAGCAAGCGGCUGGAGCGCGUUAUUGUCAAGCCGUGGCUGCGGUUUGAGUACGACGCGUACCGGGCGAUUCUCGACAUCCUGCGGAACAAGAUCACGAUGGAAGUGAUGUACCACAACCUGGCGCGGAUGGCGUUUGACUUUUGCAAGCGGUACGAGCUCAAGUCGGACUUUCGGCGGUUCUGCGACACGCUGCACUCGCACCUCAAGUCGAUUGUGCAGUACCAGGAGGACAACAAGAACUCGCCAAACGCGGUGAAGCUCAACGCCGAGGACGGCGAGUCGCUGCGUCUGCACAUGGAGACGCGGUUUGUGCAGCUCUCGACGGCGAUGGAGCUCGGCUCGUGGCAGAAGGCGUUUGAGACUGUGGAGGAGCUGUACCGGCUGAUGGAGAUGUCGCCGCGGCCGAUUGCGCCGCAGAUGAUGGCGGCGUACUACGAGCGGGUUGCACUCCUCUGCUGGCACGCUGACUACAAGGUCAUGCACACGUACGCGGCGCUCAAGGUCUUUACGCUCUACCAGAAGCACAACCGGUCGAUGACGCAGGAGACGGUGGCUCGGAUGGCGUCGUCGCUGCUUGUGGGCGCGCUCUCUAUCCCGCUCUCGGAGAACUCGCGGACGCAGGCGAUUGUGACGACGCUUGAGGGCUCGUCGGACAAGUCUGUGCGUCUCGGCCAGCUGCUGCACACCUCGUCGCUUCCGACGCGCGACCAGCUCGUGGCGGAGAUCAUCGAGCGCGGCAUUGUCGAGCUCGCGGCGCCGGAGCUUGCUGAGCUCUACCCGGCGCUUGUGGCCGACUUUGAGCCGCUCUCCAAGUUUGAGCGGCUCGAGCCGAUUCUGGCUUACGUCCGCGCCCAGCCGCACCUUGCCAACUACGCGGUCGGCCUCGAGGAGGUGGCAUUUAUGCUCCUGCUUGAGGAGCUCGCGCAGGUGUACUCUGUGGUGCAGCUCUCGACGCUGACCAAGCUCGCCAUCACGCUUGACGCAGCGCGGCUGGAGGAUCUCGCGUGCGAGUCUGUGCGGCUCGGGCGGGUCUCGCUCACCAUCAACCACGUGGAGCAGACUCUGACCUUCAAGUCGGGCUUUAUGCACGACACGACACUCGCGUCGCAUCUUGUUGACCUCGCGUCGUCGCUCUCCAAGGCGUCCAAGAUGAUUGCGCCUCGGGAGCAGGAGCGUGCCGAGCUCGCACAGCGGGUUGCCACCGUGGCGGCGGCGUCGGUCCGCAACGAGCACCGCAUGCUGCUCAAGCGCAAGGCCGAGAUCCAGGCGCGACAGGAGAAGGAGGAGGCCGAGCGCAAGGCCGCGCGCGAGGCGCGCGAGCGUGCCGCCGCCGAGGAGAAGGAGCGCAUUGCGCGCGAGACCGCGGAGCGGCUCGAGGCCGACAAGCUCGAGCGCGAGCGCAAGAAGGAGGAGAAGGUCAAGGCCGAGCGCGAGCGCAAGCGGCUGGAGGAGCUCAAGGCGGAGAUGGAGGCCAAGGGCGUCGAGAUCGACGACGACGGCGAGGUCAUCGAUCGGAAGACGCUGCUCGACAAGUACGUGACGCAGAUUUCCAAGGAGAAGAAUACCAUGGCCGAGCGGACCGAGUCGCUCUUCCGCCGCAUGGACCACCUCGAGCGGUACCGCCGCGAGGUCGAGGGGCCGCUCAUCCAGGACGCCUUUGAGAAGCAGUCGGUGACCAACGCCUCGCUGUACAACGCCGCCAAGGACGAGUACAAGGCCAAGCACCGGGCCGAGCACGACUCGAUGCUCGAGCUCAAGGCUCUCCGCACUGACCCCAUGGUUGUCAAGCUCACCGACGCCUUUUACACCCGGGUCCUCGCGAAGCGUCGUGAGGCCCACGCCGACGAGUACGACCGCGUCGAGGCCUUUAUUGCUGGCGAGACCCGCAAGCGCGAGCGCGAGGCCAAGGCCCGCGCCAAGCGCCGCGCUGAGCGCUGAGCAACGCCGAGCGCCACGACCGCUACGAUGCCGAGAUGGCGGAGAAGAAGGCUGAUGAGGCCGAGGAGGAG